UGAUGACUGUAUAAAAAUCCUUCUUUCAGAUGGGUUAUUACUAUCUAUUGUAUGCGUAGUGAUCUCAUUAAUUAUAUCACUAUAUUUAAUUAUUAGACACUUGAUGAAUUUCAAUAUGCCUUUUUUUCAAAGUAAAAUCAUAAGUAUCAAAAUAUUAUUGAUUGUAUUAGUAAUACUCAUGAUGGCACCUUUUUAUGGAUUAAUUUCAAUUAUUUCAAUGGAAUUUCAUGUAAGAAUAAAUUCAAAUAUGGUAGUAAACAGGGUUUAGCAUCCUAUUUCGAAUUGGUUCGUGAUAUCUAUUUGGCUUUUCUUUUAUUCACUUUUUUCUAUCUUAUGUUCUCAUAUAUGGCUUAUAAUCCAGAAGAUAAACUAUUAUAUGAUGAUCGUGUAUAUCAAAUUAUGAUUGAACAUGAAAAAGAAAUUCAUCAUUUAUGGCCUGUAAAUUAUUGUACAGAAAGAUAUUUAUUGACAACGUAUCCAUCAAUUUAAUUAAAUAGGAAAGCAAAAGCAAAAUAUUUUACUUAUAGAUGCAAAAAAUUUGUUCUUUAAUAUUGUGUAGUAAAACCAGUUCUCACAAUCUUAAUUAUAUUUUUACACCCAUUUCAUCAUAAACUCUAUGCAGUAAUUUAAAAUCUAAUAUUUAAAGCAAAGAUUAAUGCAAAGUUUUGAAUUUAUUAUAAUAACAAGCGAAACAUUUUCUCUCUAUUACCUCAUUUUAUUUUAUUACGCUCUUAAACAUCCCUUGUAACCAUAUAAGUAAAUAUUAAUAUUCACUUAUUAGACCAUUACUUAAAUUUUUAAUUAUAAAGAUAACCUUAUUUUUUACUUUUUGGUAAUCUUUAACAUUAUCAAUAUUCGAAGAAGAAAUUUCAAGUUGUUUUGAGUCAGAUGAAGUAAACUAUAAUAAUAAUACAAUUAUUAGUGCAAUAGAAGUAUAUAAUCUAAACAAUUUUUAUAUAGAAUACUUUAGUUUGUGUAGAAAUGCUUUGCAUGACUCUUGCAAGUAUUUUUGCUUUUACUUAUACAGAUUUUAUUACAUAAGAGGAAAAUCAAGUUGGUACACUUGGCUAAGUAUUAACAGAUAAUUGGAAAGCAUUUUAACAUGAUUUUAGAUUAAUUAAACCAAAAAAAUUUGGGUAUAAAAAAUUAAAUUAUAUUUUAAAUAGAUUUAUAUCGAAAGUACAUGAAAUAGAAAUGCAUCAAAAAAGAACAUCAGAAAAUUAAGAAUUUGAAGUUACAUUAACAGGUGACUAUCAAAGAUUAAGUAAAGCUAUUGAUGUUCAAUAUAUAUGA